CCCACAUUUGUGCAGCAGCUCUUGGCUUCUUGUAAGCCGUAGAGAUACUUUGUAGUUAACGGACGAAGGAAUGGUAUGGUGAUUAUCGAAACCCUAAUCUGCCAAGGCGGAGUUCAUGAUCGUGGAAUCUUAUCUCCGUUGUAUUCGCUUCACAUGCAUUUGCUUCUUCGUUUCGGGAUUGGAAAAUUAAGCAAUUUUGACCAUUUCUCUUCAUCUUCGUGCUCUUCGUCUUCUUCCAGCCUUGGUUCACCAAAAGCAACUAGAGUGGUGAGUUGUCGGGAAAAUCAAAUGCUUUAAGUUUGAAAUGGUUUGGGCAAUUGGUUCGUCCAUGUCUCGAUGAGUCCGGCUGUUGCUGUUCCUGGUUUACUCUGAUUCUCUGGAGAACAAGAAGUGAAAUGAAGAGGAAUAUCUAAAUUUAGGAGCUUGGGUUGAGUUUGUCACCGGGGAGGCAAGAGCAGAUAUGGACUUGUGGAUUGCUAUUGCAGCUGCCAGUGCAGGAUAUGCAGUCAAACACUGGCAGAAUCUUUCGAGGGAUAGGCAAAGUUCGCCGGACUUUGAGUCCAAGUUUGUGAGACAAGAGUUAUCACCUGUCACGGGGCUUCUUCGUGACAAGAGUCAUCUCUUCGGCAGAUUGACGCAGGCAAAAAUGCAAGAUGGUGAUGUUUCCAUAGAAACAGAAUUACAAGUUGAGCAAAAUGCUUCAGCAACUGAUGUGGCUUCUGCUAGUGAGCUUGACAAUAAGAAACUAGAUAAUGUGGGCAAUCACGAUGACUGCAAUUUACUCUCUAUAUCAAGUUUUCCUGCUAAGUAUUUGAGCAAUGAAGACUUUCACAAGGCAUGGGAAGUUUUAGAUGGAAAUCCCAAUGUGUCCGAGAAAUCUGGCAAUUCUUUUCCUGAAACUUCUACGACAGAAGUAGGCACAUCUUACAGGUUUGCAAGGACUAGAAGUUCUCUAAGGAGUAUAUGGUCCAACAUGCAAUUCAUUAAACCUUUAACUUCCCUAGAAAGUUGUGUUAUGGCUCAAUUAUAUAAGGAACAUAUUGGAAUGAAAGAGUAUGUGCUUAGUUGUGUUCCCUCACUGUCUUCCCCAGCUGCUAGACCAUGUAUUGUGACAGAUGGAAGGAGAAUAAUCAGCAAAGCAAUGGAUGGUUCGCUUUCUUCGCACAUUGAAAUUGACGAAAAUAAGUUGAACAAGAAAAUCUGUUCAGUGGAGAAUACGACUGCCUCUAGGGUUCUUUCACUACCAAAUGCUGGGUCCAUGGAACCACUGAGGAGGAGACUUAAGGCAGGGAAAGGUCCCAAUGCAAAAUUGAACAGUUCUAGUAAACUGGUUGAUGGAAAACUUUUCCAUUCAUUAGCUGGAUCGUCCCAUGGUGAACUUAUUUUCUGCCUUGGGGUAUCUAUAGGCGUAAUAUCUUCUCUUAUAGCGAAUAAAAGGGAGGUAGACAGAUUGACUCACUUGUUAAAGCAGACUGAAAACUUGGUUCAAGAUCUGCAAGACGAACUUGAGAUGAAAGAUUCACUAACCGUGAAAGAGCUUUCCAGUGAGCAUUAUGAGCCACAUGACACGCUUAACGGUUCAUCUUCAUCUGAACAUAAUUUGGCUGGAUCAGUGAAAUUUGAUACAAAAGAAUUGCUUGAUCAGAAGGCAGAAGAUGAUUCAAAAUCUAUGAGUAAAAUUGAAGCAGAGCUUGAAGCUGAACUGGAAAGGUUGGAACUAACCAUGAAAUCAUCAAGUUUGGAGGGAAGACUGUCAAAUGUGGUUGAGCCUGACCCAGACUUCAUACCAGGCAUCACUGAGGGUGAAUUGGUACCUGAGAUGUUUGGUAAGCAAGGUUAUCCCCAACCUUGUGCGGACCAAGAUGGUAGUGGCACCUCCACCCCACACACAGCAAACUAUGUGGUUUCUCCCCACAAGUUAACCUUGCGUCUGCAUGAAGUCAUUCGAUUGAGGAUGGAAGAACGCAUCAAGGAGCUGGAGAAAGCACUUGAAACCAGCGAGAGGAAGCUUCACUUUAUGGAAUCAGAGCAUAAGAUGUUAUUGAGGGAUUUAUCAGAGGGCAAAUUAAGAUCAUCCUCUCAGAAAAUAAGUCCAAUUGUGAUGCAAGAACCGGACUCAUUAGACCAAGCUGUAGUUAUCAACCUGGCAGGGGAAGCUUUAGAUGCAUACCAUGAGGCUUAUGAUGAAUUUAUGAAGAUGAACGAGUCUGAGGAGGCUGACCGGCAAGAUACCCCCGCGGCAUUGUCUGAUCAAAAUGGUUACCAACCAGACCAUACAACCGGUAAUAGUAAAGCAUCGCCAGCUCUGUUUCCUGAUAACUUAACAAGCUCGUUGGAGGAACACAUUUCAUCUGGUGAUAUGCAUUUUAGUCGGGGGGAUGAAACUGGCGAUAGCGAUGAUGAGAUGGAAAGCCUGUUGAUAAAGCAGAUAGUGGAGAAAUCCAGGAAAAAUUCUUGUGUAGUUAGUGCAGAAAAUGGCAUUGUUUUCGUUGGACGAAGAUGAGCCCUUGUAUUAAACAAAACGAUUUUGCAAGGUAGAAGUAGUAGUGUGGUGAUUAAUACACACCCAAGUUGUUCUACGUAA